GGAUACUGCGGCCCAGCCAGGCACCUUGUGUUACUCGUUGUCCUAUGGCGGCGCCUUUCUACUCUUUGUAGCUUCCAAUCCCCGCUUGUUGUUUCUCGGCCUUCAGCCAUAACCAGGGGCAGCCCGCCCUGACACGUUAGCUUACUAAUUCUGUGUGUUACUUUUUUUGUUUCCGUAUUUAAUGUGUUAAAGCAGGAGACACGGAAAUGACUUCCAGCACCGAUGUGAUCCAGGUGACGAACGUUUCUCCCAGCGCUUCAUCUGAACAGAUGAUAACCCUGUUCGGGUUCCUGGGAAAAAUCGAGGAGCUGCGACUCUUUCCGCCCGAUGAUUCUCCUUUGCCUGUAACAUCUCGUGUCUGUUUUGUAAAGUUCCAAGAUCCAGACUCUGCGGUGGUUUCACAGCAUCUGACUAAUACAGUGUUCGUUGACAGAGCUUUGAUAGUCGUUCCAUAUGCAGAAGGAAUAAUUCCUGAUGAAGCCAAAGCCCUGUCAUUGGUGGCGCCAGCUAAUGCAGUUGCAGGCCUACUGCCUGGAGGAGCGCUUCUUCCCACUCCUAAUCCACUCAGUCAGAUUGGUGCUGUUCCGCUUGCUGCUUUGGGAGCCCCUACACUUGACCCAACUCUUGCAGCUCUUACUCUUCCUGGAGCAAACCUAAAUACACAGUCUCUUGCAGCAGAUCAGCUUCUGAAGCUUAUGAGCACGGUUGAUCCAAAGUUAAAUCAUGUAACAGCAGGGCUUGUGUCUCCAAGCCUGAAAUCUGAUACCUCCAGUAAAGACAUUGAGGAAGCUAUGAAGCGGGUCAGAGAGGCGCAGUCCUUGAUUUCUGCUGCUAUUGAGCCAGAUAAAAAGGAUGAGAAAAGCAAGAAGCAUUCAAGAUCACGAUCCCACUCUAGACGUAGGAGAACACCAUCAUCUUCCAGACACAGACGUUCCAGAAGUAGAUCAAGGAGGAGGUCACACUCAAAGUCUCGAAGUAGACGACGGUCCAAGAGCCCCAGGAGGAGAAGGUCUCGUUCAAGAGAGAGGAGCCGGCGUUCUAGAAGCACAUCUAAACCCAGAGAGAAAAAAAGAGAAGAUAAAGAAAAAAAGCGUUCUAAAACCCCACCUAAAAGCUACAGCACAUCCAGGCGAUCUAGAAGCACAAGCAGAGAUAAGAGGCGUAGGAAGAGCCGCAGUGGAUCGCGGUCUCCCAAAAAACUAAGAUCGCCAAAGAGGAAGCCUUCUCGAUCACCAUCUCCUCGAAGGCAUAAAAAAGAAAAGAAGAAAGACAAGGAUCGGGAGAGGAAUCGUGAUGAAAGAGAGAGAUCAACUAGUAAGAAAAAGAAGAGUAAAGAUAAAGAGAAGGAGCGUGAGAGGAGAUCUGAAAGCGAGAAAGAUAUGAAACAGGUAAAACGCGACUACGAUGAAGAGGAACAAGGAUAUGACAGCGAGAAAGAAAAACGGGAAGAAUACAUGAUCCCAGAAGCAAGCCCACCAGCAGAAGAACCUGAAAGGCCAAUCGCAGAUUCAGGAAAAGACUCAAAAAUUAACGGGGAUGACCAUCAUGAGGAGGAUAUGGAUAUGAGUGAUGACUGAUCAUCUUAACUGUAAAUGUUAGUGAAAAUGUGAGGUGGUGAUAUUCCUAUGUAUAUCUUUUGAUUUUCUAUUUAAAAUAUUUCUCAUCAUUUUGUCGUAUAUAAAACUGAGCUCUAAGUGUAUGUACCCAACCUGACACAUUAACGUCCUGGCUGAUAAGUUUGUUGAAGUGGAUAACAAGUCCCUGUAUGGUCAAACUGGAUUGUUGUUGGCAAACAGUUCGUUCUGGUGUGAUGUGACGUUUCAAACAUGCUGCAUGCGUCUACACCUCGCAUGGGUUAUAUCUGGUGCGUAUAGAUAUGUACAAUCUGAUUCAUUGAAUAAAUGUUCUAUAUAGAAAAUGAACGGAGUCCAUGUCAGUGUGGCAUUAACAUCAUAGAUGUAAAACAAAUGAAUUGGAAGAUGCACAUUCACAUCCUUCUGGUGGAAGUAGAUUAUUAGCCCUCACAACUGAAUAUUUUGUGACUUUUGUUUUGCUUAAAGAGGCUUCAAUUAAAAUGUACUAACCCUUUUCUGAAGGCUGUGAUCAAGCAUUUUUUUUUGGAUGUCCAGUGAUAAAAAUGCCAUAUUCAAUAUUAGAAAUUCCCACGGUUUUGGUAACAUAGAAUGUUUUUACACUCUGUUCUGCCUCCCCCCCCCCCAUCUGUAACUUAAAGGGAUACGGUCAUUGGAAAACAUGUUUUUUUCAAAACGCAUCAGUUAAUAGUGCUGCUCCAGAAUUCUGCACUGAAGUCCAAAAAGAUUUUGUUAUAUAUUUAAUUUCGAAAUCUGACAUGGGGUUAGACAUAUUGUCCGUUUCCCAGCUGCCAUCUGCCCCCAAGGCUCUGAUAAACUUCAGUAACUCUUUACUGCUGUACUGCAAGUUGGAGUGAUAUCAACCCCCUUCCCCCCCAACAAAAGAACAAUGGGAAGGUAAUGAGAUAGCAGCUCCCUAACACAAGAUAACAGCUGCCUGGUAGAUCUACGAACAGCACUCAAUAGUAAAAGCCAAGUCCCACUGAGACACAUUCAGUUACAUUAAGUAUGAGAAAUAACAGAAAGUAGCUCCAUCCUAAAGUUCAGGCCCAAGUCACAUGACUGGGGGCAGCUGGGAAACUGACAAAAUGUCUAGCCCCAUGUCAGAUUUCAAAAUUGAAUAUAAAAAAAAUCUGUUUGCUCUUUUGAGAAUUGGAUUUCAGUGCAGAAUUCUGCUGGAGUAGCACUAUUGACUGAUGUGUUUUAAAAAAAAAAAAAACGUUUUCCCAUGACAGUAUCCCUUUAAACAGGCCAUGCAUUUUUAAUUUGAUGCUUAUAUGCUAUGGUAGCAGUUUUGAUUUGUCCGCUAUCAGUGUGGCAGCUAUCUGAUAGUGUCUGUAUGCUGUUGUUUUUUUUGUCUCAGAAUCUUGAACGCUUCAGUUUCCCUAAUGCAAUUGUAGGUUGCAGCCCGUGCCAUGUUCAUGUACAGUUCCUGAAAUUUUGUUUUACAAAAAAAACUUUGAUAAUAAAAUUUUUAAAAAUA